CUGAGCAGAGGCAUCGGAAGAGGAGGCCGGUUGCUCUAACAUUCCUCGGGAAAGCGACUUAAAUGCAAUGAGAAGGCUUCUCUUCCCAGGGACACGCAGCCAAGAACAGACACAGAGAAGCUGUUUUCCUUCUCUUCUCUCCCAACUCCUACUGGAGUUGAUCAGCUCUCAUUUCUGGCAUGCGUCUCAACUCUGAGGAUACCAUGUCACAGUAUUCUACUAACUUUCUCUUGCUUCCCAUACCAGAGUAUCCGGUAUUAGACUGCGUGCCCAACAAAAUCAUCAAGCUGGUGGUGCUGGGUGGCAGCAGUGUUGGCAAGACAGCUCUGGUUGUGCGCUUUCUCACUAAGAGAUUUAUUGGAGACUAUGAAGCCAACGCUGGUGCAUUGUAUUCAAGAAAAUUCACCAUAGAUGGGGAACAGAUCUCCCUACAGGUGCAGGAUACUCCCUUUGUUUCACUGGAGGAUGACACUGACAGCAUCUGCUGCCAGGAGCAGAUCAACCGCUCGAUCUACUGGGCAGAUGGCUUCGUUUUUGUUUACUCCAUCACAGAAUACGAGAGCUACCGCGUCAUCCGGCCCCUGUACCAGCACAUCCGCAAGAUUCACCCCAACGCUAACAUCCCCCUGCUUCUGAUGGCAAACAAAGGAGACCUUCUGCGAGCCAGGCAGGUGUCCUCCAAAGAAGGACUCCAGCUGGCCAGCGAACUGGGAGGUACUUACUAUGAAGUCUCAGCGCGGGAGAACUGCGAGGGCGUGCACGAAGCCUUCCAGCAGCUUUGCCAGGAGGUCAGCAGGAUGAUUGGCAGCUGCAAUGGAGAGAAACGAAGAGGCCUCCACCUUGUCCGACCCAAAUCUCCAAAUAUGCAGGACUUAAAGAGACGUUUGAAACAGGCUCUGACUUCCAAAGGGAAAUCUGCCACUAUGCUUUGAUGUAGCUGAUAAAAAUAGUUUUCCACACCCCUGGACAAAAGGCAAGCAAAUAAACUGGUGUUUAAGGGAAUCUCCAAAGUACAGUAUUUGGGCUGUGUGAGAGGUCCCUUCAUUCUCUCUGUAUAUCUUCCUUAAAAAUUCCAUGUUUGUUCAUCAGAGGAACUCACAGAACGUUCUCGUGUGGCAAGAAUGUAGAAACUGAUUUAAGGUAUAGAUUGUCCCAAAUUAUUUCUUUCCCAAAAGGAAUGCAGUCAAAUAGUUUAGGCAUAAAAUGUAGAUUUUAUUAAUAAAAUAAAUAAAUCUUACUGAUUUAUUUAGAGGAGUGGCUUCUCUUGGGUACAGCUGUAUUCUUGAGUGUGGGCAGUAAGCUACAGCAAGGCACCAGGAGAGUGACAUGAGCCAUACUGAGCAAGCAAAACCAAAUUUGCUUAGUCACAAGACUGGAAAAUAAAGACAAAAAGUAAAUGAUAAGCAUAAGUAGUAAAAAGUAAUAAUUUAACAAAUAUAAUUAAUUCAAAUCUAGAACACUUAGAAGGUGUUCUUAGCAACAUGGGGAGAGAUUUGCAAGCUUCUAUAGGAUAUAAGCUUUUAUAAGAUAUUUUUAAAACUAUAACAAUUUAUUUCAGAUUAUUUUUCUUUAAGUGCAUACAAUUUCUGAAAGGGAUUCUGUGGGCACAGUACUUACUUAGCACCAUUUGUAGACAGAUUCUCAGUGGUCUACUUCUCAUUUUUGUGUAAGUUUCCUAUGUGGUAAUGUGGGACAAAUAGAGCAGCGUGGCUAUAAAACCUGCAGAGAGCAAAUGGGCAGUAUUAACCAAGAGCAAGGAUGGGAUCUGAAACGAUAUAACCUUUUUUCUAAACAAAUUAGAUGUCCUGCUCAAGAUGAUCUUUUAAAGAAACAAGGCCUUUACUCAAAGUAUAUUUGAUUCAUUACAAUUUUUUGGAAUUAUUUUUCAGCAGAAAGGGUUUUGUGAUGCCUGAAACACCUGGCUUCAGGAAUUUAUCAUUUUGUUAUUUGCCUUCAAACCAGGUUUUACUCGAUCCCUUGCAAUGCAUCCAAAUCACCAGUCUGUCGAUAGAGAUCUCACUGGCAGUUUCUCACUGCAGUUGUUCUCUGUGUGUGCCAAGGGCUUUGAAGCUGCAUCCUGUGAGCUGGCCAAUUUUAUGGUCGCAAUAACAACACUAUGAGGCACCCAUCAUUCUGUUCCUAAUGGGAAUGGAAAGAAACUGGGUUGGAUCAUGCAGAAGCCGUGGUACAACGACCUUUUCUUUAAACACGCCACCCAAGCACUUCACAGGAUCAUGGAAUGGAUUAAAACUCAAUGAUUUACAGUGAGGAACACAGGUGGGGAAAUCCUAGUUCCAUGGAUGUGGAAAAACACUCCCAGCUGCAGCAGUACUGAGCUAACUCAACAUUUUACUCAUGAACAGCAAAAAUGCAAAUUGAGUCUGAUGAGUACCCAUACAGCUCAGGGCUUGAAAUUCUGUUUUAUGUUUAUUUGCCCCACUGUUGGACAGCUCUACUCAUUAUUUUCUUCAUCACUUGGAUUUGCUUUACCUACAGCUCACCUUCUGGUUUGUUUAUUGUUCUCCACGGCCAGCAUUCUGAGACAUUCUGAUUAAUUUGAAGCUCUUCUACACACACAAAGCUGUGCUUUUUUUUUUUGUUUGUUUGUUUUUAGUGAGCUUCAAUUGGUAGUAGAGAGUGAAACAGAAAGUUGGAUCAACCAAACAGGGACUCAAGCAAUAUUAAGGGAUUUGUACUUAGCUAAUGGUUUCUUAACAGCUUAACAUUCUAGCUGGGCCAUUGUCCUCUUGGCAUUUUGGAACUGCAUUUGUUAGCGUGAGAUUUGAGUCUUCCAAAGUACUAACAGCAUAGUUCAAAUAGCAAAUCUUUAACAUGAAAAUGAGCAAAGAGAUUGUGAGAGACAAGUGAGCUGAACAUUGUUUGCAUCAGAAUAGUGAUUGCCAGUUUUGAAAAGCAACCACAUAUCUUACCAUUCCGGUACUGUAUAGUUAGGGCUCAAUUUACUGAAGACAGCUUGCUGAAAUUUGUUUUCAUAAAAGCCUUAGGGAAUUAGGUCCUCUAUCUCAUUAAAUUUGCUUGUAACUCACUCUUUUGGUUCUGAUCCUUUAUUUGGGAAGAGAGUUCAACACGUUUCAAAACUGCCAAUGUUUU